AUGGGGCCCCCGGGCAAUAGGGGAUCAUGGGGCCCCUGUGUCCUUGCCCAAACUCAAAAAAGCCUAUGAAAAAGGAGUGCAGGUGUGGGUGAGCGACCCGGAAUGCACGCUAUUUAUGUUGCCUGCAUGCAGCACCUGAAAUCUCAAGCCACAUAAACAUGCAACCCCAGGGGAGGACUGACAACUCAUGGGGCCCCCGGGCAAUAGGGGAUCAUGGGGCCCCUGUGUUCUUGCCCAAACUCAAAAAAACCUAUGAAAAAGGUACCAGGGGCAUCUCAUGGGGCCCCCUACUGACACCGGGCCCUCGGGCAAUGCCCGAGUUUCCAAAUGGUCAAUCCGCCCCU